AUGGGCUCAGCAUUUACAGCUCUUCGGGCGAUGUUCUAUCUACUUUUACCAUCGGAAACGUAUUAUGAACGGCUUGAAGAUGUGCCGGAUUAUGUUGUUCAGGCAAUUCAAUUGUUUAUUGUCUUACAAAUCUUAGAGCUUGCUAUUGCAUGGUAUCGAGGAAAAAUAAAACCGCGAUUCAACGAUACGUUCAGUUCCAUGACUGCGGGUAUCGUUUCACGUAUUCCCAGACUCUUCGUGAAAUCAAUUGAAUUAUCAUCUUAUAUAUGGGUCUACAAUAAUGUUCAUAUCUUUCCUCGACUGCCAUGGAAUUCGCCAAUCACAUAUUGGGUUACCUUUCUCGGUAUGGAUUUCGGUUAUUAUUGGUUUCAUCGUGCGGCACACGAAGUUAACCUGUUUUGGGCUUCGCAUCAAACACAUCACUCUGCUGAGAAUUAUAAUCUAUCAACUGCGCUUCGACAAGGCGUACUGCAAUCGUAUUGUUCAUGGAUAUUUUAUUUACCUUUAGCAUUGUUCGUGCCACCACAAAUAUUCUUAAUUCAUUCCCAGAUGAAUUUACUAUAUCAAUUCUGGAUUCAUACAGAUAUUAUUUCGAAUCUAGGCCCAUUCGAAUACAUAUUAAACACGCCAAGUCAUCAUCGCGUGCAUCACGGACGAAAUCCAUAUUGUAUCGACAAGAAUUAUGCGGGUGUUUUCAUUGUAUGGGAUCGUUUAUUCGGCACAUUCGCUGCUGAACGUGAGAAUGAACAAAUCGCCUAUGGUCUUAUACAUCCAAUUAGCACAUUCGAUCCAAUCGAAACUCAAUUUUGCCAUUUGAAAUAUAUAUGUCAACAAUUCUUCAAAAUCGAAGGCUGGCAAAAUAAAUUAGCGGUUCUUUGGAAGGGUCCCGGUUGGCAACCAGGGUUAUCUCGAUUAGGUAGUGAUGAUUUUCCGGCAAUAUCCUACCCGAUACAAGUUUACGAUCCGAAUGUAUCAAUUGAAUUGGGCUCCUAUACAUUUGUACAUUUUAUGUAUGCAUUAAUUCAAUACAGUGCAGUUCUUCAAGAUUCGAAGGAUUAUUCACCACUGGCUCUACUUCUCUAUUCGAUUAUUUUGCUUUUCACAUUGACGACCUUUGGGGCGAUUUAUGAUCAAAAGAAAUAUGCGCUACAUCUUGAACGUCUUCGCCUUGUAUCAAUGUUAAUUUUACCGCGGCUCAAAAUAAUUCAAUCACUCUUCCUUUUACAAACACAUAUACUCGUGCAAAUUUUUAUCGUUCUUUCAUUUUUUGCCACAUUUUUCAUAACGCCGAUCGCCCCUGAACAGAAAGAUGUCUCUAUGAAGAAUAAAUAA